AAGAACACUGUAAAUUAAUUGAGAUUCGAUCGACGAUGAAUUCGAAUUUGCUAUCGAAUCCUAUAUCAUCGGAGCUCUUCACCUCCAUUGAUAUGGGAACAAACUCUUUCAAGCUUCUUAUAGUCCACGCUGAUCCUUCUGGUAGAUCUUUCGUUCCGAUCGAGAGACUCAGAGAGCCAGUGGUGUUGUCUCGUGAAUCUCCGAUCUCAAUUUCGUCUCAAUCUCAGGCUCGCGCGCUUCAAUGUCUACGGAAAUUCAAAAGUUUGAUUCUCUCGCACAAUGUCUCCGUUGACCGGAUCCGAUGCGUCGCGACGGAAGCGUUACGGCGAGCAGAGAAUCAGAAAGAGUUCGUGGAUGCGGUUUUCGAGGAUGUUGGGCUUAAGGUCGAUGUCCUUUCCGGUGAAGAGGAAGCGAGGUUAGUUUAUUUAGGCGUGCUUCAGUUUCUACCUGUGUUUGAGAAAUCUGUGUUGUGUGUUGAUAUUGGAGGUGGUUCUACUGAAUUUGUGGUUGGUAAGUGUGGUAAUGUGAAGCUUGCUGUUUCUUUGAAGCUAGGUCAUGUGAAUUUGACACAGAUGUUUAUGAAAAAUGGUGGUAUUGGAUUGAAGGAAAUGAGAGACUAUAUCCGUCAUGCGAUUGAUGAGUCUAGGUUAGCAGAUAGAUUGAAGGAAUCCGAUGGCUUUGAGAUGGUUGUGGGAUCUUCUGGAACUAUAAGAGCUAUUGAGAAUGCAGUUUUCAGUGGCUAUGGAGCUGAUUUGUGUGAAUUCAAUUUGGAAGGGUAUAAGAGGGACUGGAGAUUUGGCACAAGAGAGCUGAGCAGCGUUGUAGCGAAGCUAUGCAGUGAAGGAGACGAAGAGCUGAUUCGGAGGGAGGGAUUUUUCAAGAGAAGAUCAGAGUUCAUUGUUGCUGGGGCCGUAUUGUUGGAGGAAAUAUUCAAGGCUCUUGGUAUAGAGGAUUUGGAGGUCUCAGAGUAUGCAUUGGCAGAGGGUGUGAUUGCUGAUUCUCUGGCCAAAGCUUUUGAUGGAUCAUAUGAUUUGAAUGCCAAUGCAAGGUGGCGGUCAGUCAUGCGGCUUGCCACGCGCUUCAAUGGUAAAAAGCGAAUGACUCACGCGAUACACUGUGCCAAGAUCGCCAAGGAGAUCUAUGUAGGUUUGAGGAAGUGCAAUGAUUUUAAGGUUAUCUUAGACGAUAAGGAGCUUGAGUAUCUCGAAGCUGCUUGUUUCUUGCACAAUAUCGGAAUCAUCACAGGGAAAAAGGGAUAUCAUAAGCAGUCUUAUCAUAUCAUCAAGAAUGGGGAUCAUCUCCAUAGCUACACUGCUGAGGAAAUCGAGCUUAUAGCUAUGCUUGUGAGAUACCAACGAAAAAAGUUUCCCAAGCUUGAUCGUGCACCUCUUAAGAACUUCACUGAGGAGGCAAAGCGAAAAUUCAUAAUUUUGUGUUUGAUUACACGAUUAUCGGUUAUACUUCAACGUAAUGAGAAUAUGGAUCUCCAAGAAGUUGAAUUUCUUGAAUUUUCCGAGACCUUCAAACUCGUGCUGAAAGAAAAAAAACAACACCAGGAACCCGUAGAAGUUGGUUAUCAAGAUCAAGUAAACAAAAACUCUAAUGAAUCCCAACUGGAGAAAGAAGUUGAGCAUUUUAAAAGGCUAUACAAAAAGGAAAUGAGAGUUGUUGGUUUAUUUCCUGGAGUUUUUCGUUGUCCAAUAUGUGAAGUCGAAAACGUCAGAGCGGUAGAGAGGAGUAGAGGAGGUUUAAUGGAAGUCGAGCGUAAGCUGCUGCGUCUUCUCCACGGCCACAAUACCCGAACCCGUUUACCCGAAAUCCAUGCCCAUCUUCUCCGUCACUUCCUUCAUGGUUCCAAUCUCCUUCUUGCCCACUUCAUCUCCAUCUGCGGAUCCCUCAGCUACUCCGAUUACGCCUCCCGCGUCUUCUCUCAUAUCCAAAACCCUAACGUUCUCGUCUUCAACGCCAUCAUCAAAUGCUAUUCUCUUGUCGGUCCGCCUCUAGAAUCUUUAUCUUUCUUCUCUUCCAUGAAAAGCCGUGGAAUUUGGGCUGACGAAACUGGGUUCCACCGGCUUGGGAAAAUACGGAUUGGGGUGGUGGAGCUUUAUGCUUCCGGUGGGAGAAUGGGCGAUGCGCAGAAAGUGUUCGACGAAAUGCCUGAAAGAAACGUGGUCGUCUGGAAUCUUAUGGUUCGCGGGUUCUGUGAUUCUGGAGACGUUGAAAGAGGUCUUAGUUUGUUCAAACAGAUGAGAGAAAGAAGCAUUGUGUCGUGGAAUUCGAUGAUAUCUAGCUUGUCUAAAUGUGGUAGAGAUCGUGAGGCUUUGGAGCUUUUCUGCGAAAUGAUUGACCAAGGUUUCGAUCCAGACGAGGCUACUGUGGUUACAAUGUUGCCAAUCUCUGCAUCUCUCGGAGUUUUGGAUACCGGAAAAUGGAUUCAUUCUACCGCAGAAUCCAGUGGUUUGAUUAAAGAUUUCAUCACCGUGGGAAACGCUUUAAUAGAUUUUUACUGCAAAAGCGGCGACUUAGAGGGAGCAACGGCUAUAUUUAGACAAAUGCAGCGGAGAAACGUUGUUUCAUGGAACACAAUGAUAUCGGGAUCAGCCGUGAACGGAAAGGGAGAAUCCGGGAUAGACUUGUUUGAUGCUAUGAUCGAGGAAGGGAAAGUAGCUCCAAAUGAAGCGACAUUUUUGGGGGUUUUGGCAUGUUGCUCAUACACAGGUCAGGUGGAAAGAGGAGAGGAAUUGUUUGCUUUGAUGAUGGAAAGAUUCAAACUUGAGCCGAGAACCGAGCAUUACGGGGCGAUGGUAGAUCUAAUGAGUAGGAGUGGGCGAAUCAGAGAGGCGUUUGAGUUUCUCAGAAAUAUGCCCGUCAACGCAAAUGCGGCAAUGUGGGGGUCGUUACUCAGUGCUUGUCGCAGCCACGGAGAUGUAAAGCUAGCAGAAGUUGCAGCAAUGGAGUUAGUGAAGAUUGAGCCAGGGAAUUCGGGGAAUUAUGUGUUGUUAUCUAAUUUGUAUGCAGAGGAAGGGAGAUGGCAAGAUGUGGAGAAGGUACGAACGUUGAUGAAAAAGAAUCGCCUUAGAAAGACUACUGGCCAAAGCACCAUUUGCGAUGUUCCAGUCUGAGAAGUAGCUGGUUUUGUGAAUAGAGGCCAGGCUUGUUGCUAAAAACGGUAAUCAAGAUCAUUUGUUAGC